AUGCUACUAUCUCAUUCUCCCCCAUGGGCUCUCCCUACCCUGACAGCCCUUAUCGGCAGCGGAGGCUUCAUCAUUGGAAUCUACAGCUUUAUAUCCCCAGUGAAGGCAGCACAAGUCUACGGAGUCGAUCUUCCACUCCUGGCCAAAGGAAAUCAAGCUUCCAAGGAGAAGACUGGAUCAGCCGAUCCUGCGCUAUUUCGACCUGACGACAUAUCUCGGCAUGUUGCAUACAUCUACGCCCAUGGUGUGCGGAACUUUGUCACAGGUUUCACAAUCCUAAGCCUUACUGGAUUCUGGCAGUUCUCAGCGCAAUGCAAAAAGUCGGUGAUCGCAAGUUCUACCGCUCAGCGAUCUUUGGGCAUCGUCAUUCUGGCUGGAGCUUUGACGCCUGUAGUGGAUGCUGUGGUCACAUGGCAAGCCGCAGAAGAAAGAACAGCAACUGAUGUGGGAAAGAAAGCAGCUCGUGCGCAUGCCUCGAGGUCAUUGAUCUGGAUCGCUGGCGGGCUCUGGUGCUUGUUCGGUUGA